UCUCUCUGUUUCUCUCUCUCUUUAGCUUUCCCUGCCCUUAUCUCUCAGCUUGCCUGUCUUUCUCUGCCUCUUUUUUGUUUUUUGGUUGCUAUUAUCUCAUGUCGUAUUUUCAGUUUUCAUUCAUACAUUCCUCUCUAUCUUUUCACACUCACUCACUCUCAUAUCCUCGCUCUCUCCCGCUCUCUCACUCUGUCUCACCGCGCCUCCACGCACGCCGCGAGAUUGAAGCGUUGAGUGUUAAACGAACACUUUAAAGUCUAAACGAGUCUAAACGAGUCUAAACGAACGCUAAAAAUACAUUAAAAAGAAAAAAAAGACUUGGACUUAAACGAAAAAAAAAACGAAGGAAAAAAAGGAAGGAAAGAAGAAAAAUACAGACUUCAGUCGACGCACAAGACGAGGUAGAUAUAAAUAGAGAGAGAGAGAGAAAGGAAGAAGAGAGAGAGAAAGAAAAUGAUGAUUAACAAAGGAGGAGUAAAGAGAAGGAAGUAAAGAAGGAAGUUUUAAACAGACAAACGCAGGGAAAUUGAAAGAAGAGAGAGGCAGGGAAAAAGAAAGGAAAAGGAAAGUAAUAGUAUGAAAAUAAACAUUCCAUGGUGAUCGAAAGAAGUAAGAAAGAAUAACAAUAAAGAAGAAGAGGAGAAAACAGAAAAUUAGGGAAGUGGAAAGGAGAGGAAAGGAAAAAAAAAUGAAAUGUGACAAAAUGAAAAACGGAAAAGAAAAUGGAGGAAUCUGAGGAGUGUGGAUGGGAAGGAAAUGAACAAAGUCAACAACAACAACAACAACAACAGCUGAUGUGUUUUCGGAUUGGCUUCAUAUUGUAUCUUCUCAGGCGGAAGAAAUAUCACCACCACCACCACCACCACCACCAGCACCACCACCACCACCACCACUACAAGACUACCACUGCUGCUGGUGAUAAAAUGACAGUCACCUACACCACCAAGGUUUCCAACACUAGUUUCUGCGGAUUUUCCAAGCUUCUAUUCAGAUGGCGCGGCAGUGUGUUCAAGCUGCUCGCCGCUGACCUCAUUGUUUACUUCCUGCUUUAUUUCUCCGUGGCCGCCAUCUACAGAUUCGCCUUGCGGGAGAACGAGAAGAGAGUGUUUGAGAAGAUCGCCAUAACGUGUGAAUACUUCCGCAACGUGUUCCCUAUCUCUUUCGUGCUGGGUUUCUACGUGACAAUCGUGGUGCAGCGGUGGUGGGAGCAGUACAUGCUGAUCCCCUGGCCCGACACCGUGUGCAUCAUGGCCUCCACUUACAUAGAGGGCCAGGAGCUUCUAAGGAUGGCUUAAGACAGAGUUCUAUGUCACAACAAGGCAAGAAAGGCGCUUUCAGGAUCGCCACGACCCCUUGGCAUUGAGUGAUAAUGAGCUCAUGAUCAAAUAUCGCUUCCCGCGGCAGACCUACUAAACCUCUUGUUUGAGGAGAUGCAGCCUCAGCUGGAGAGAAGGACAAGGCAUAGCCAGGCAUUACCAACUCACACCCAGGUUCUGCUGGCCCAGAGACUGUUUGCCAGUGGGCCCUUCCAAAACGUCAUUGGAGACACUGCUGGACCUAUGCAAGCAAGUGUCAGCAGGGUCUUCAAGUGUGUGUGUGCACCGUGUUGAGUGAUAAGUCAGUGCAGGAAAUCAAGAUGCCUCCAACACACCUUGAUCAAAGGAGAACUGCACACCAGUUCUUCAGGAUUAAAAAUUUCCUAACGGUUAUUGGGGCCAUUGAUGGCAGCCACAUUACCAUGAAGGAGCAAAGUGUGGAUGAGGCCCUCUACUUGAACUGGAAAAGGUAUCACUCCCUCUGAACAUCCAACUUGUUUGUGAUGCAAGUGAAGUGAUCCUCAGCUACUGCUCCAGAUUGCCAGGUGCCUGCACUCUUGUGGAGGUGGCUUGCAGUACAGACCCAUCAAGUGUGUCAAAAUAAUUAAUACUUGCCUGCUCCUACACAACUGCUGCAUCAAGUUCCUGAUGACAUAUGUACUUGUCACUAUUUUUCUGCUACCACCUCUUGAGGAUGAAACAGUGCCCCAUGCUGAUACCAACCCUGCUGUGCUGUAGAGGGGUCAGUGUGCUUCAGGCAGAAUUGUGUAGCAAGAAAUCAUACAAAACUUCUUCCAGCACUGAAGUAAGGAAGUGAGAUUGGCAAAGUGCCUGGGACAUGUUUUGUACAGCCAGCUGCACCAUCACCAGCUCGUCCAUACUCAGACUAAUCUGCUGUUGGGUUUCCUGUGCUUGAGAGAGAACUUCCAAGUCAGAGUGGCCAUCUGAAAUACAGUUUAGAAGCAAACAUGACUACACCUCAAGUUACAAAAUGAUACAGCAUUGUCAAAUCCAGAGGCCCCUGUGGACCCAGCGACACCAGCAGAAGAGGGUUGGAUGGCUCCAACACCACUGCUGGUGGAAGGCUGUGGUCCUAGAGGCCCUGACACUUCUGGAGAAAAAAAAAAAAAAAAAAAGCUGUCAUUACUGCAGGGUAUGGCAGUCCUGCAAAUGUUGUGUGAGACAACAUCCACAGCAUGACCAACUCCACAGCAGUGUGUGUUGUCUCAUCUGGAGGCCCCCACCUGCAUGGAUAUGAAUGUUGCAAUUAUCAUCCACUUAGAAGUUCACAUGUAAAGCCAAAUCAACUUGGUGUAAAUCAUGAAUGCAUUAGAGCACAAUAAUGUUAUCUAGCACUGCAGUGGUCAUUGUCUCAGACCUGACUGCCAGAGGUACUGUACAUACUCCUAUUUAUAAUCCAUUGCUUAGUUGGUUCUUGGUUAUGUUUAUUGACUAUAUGGGUAAAUUUUGUAACAGCACCAAUAAUUAAAUACAUGUACACAAGAGCAAA